CUGUCGUAUUUCCUGCACCUUACAAAAGGAGUGCAAAGCAAAGGGGAAAUGAUACAUUUUUCAUGUACUGUAACAGCCGCAAGUUAAUCGACUGAGCAUGAAAUAAGACAAGAUGCGGGAUCGACUGAGUGAUCUGCAGUCAGCCUCCAGGCUCACGCAGGGUGAGGCCCCUGGUGUGGCUGAGGAGACUGGGAUCGAGGGUACGGAGCAGGACGUGGUGGUGUUUGAAGGAGAGGAGGAAAUGGAGGAGACCUUCAGGGAGGUGCAGGCCAUGCACAAGGAGAUCGCCCAGCUACGCAUAGAAGUCAAGCAGUUGGGGAAGCAGAGCACACGCUACCUCACCUCCAUGAGGCGCUUUAGCAGCAUCAAGCGCGACUCCAACUCCAUCGCCCGUGACAUCAAGGCCAGGGGUCAGGCCCUGUACACCCGUCUGCAGCAGAUGGAGACUCGGUGCCAGCGCCUGGACCAGGAGUAUGGUGUCCACUCGUCCCUGGCACGCAUGGUGCGCGCCCAGUGCGUCUCCCUCACCGUGGCCUUCCACACGGUCAUGUCCGAGUACAACGAGGCGGAGAUGGGGCAGCGGGACAACUGCAUGAAGCGCAUCCAGAGGCAGGCUGAGAUCGUGGGCCAGGAGGUGACCGGCGAGCAGAUCGAGGAGAUGAUCGAGUCAGGGAAGUGGAACGCCUUCUCGGAGAACCUGGUGGCAGACGGCCGCGCAGCACGCUCCGCCCUCAGUGAGAUCGAGACCCGCCAGAAGGAACUCCUGGAUCUCGAGGGGCGCAUCCGGGACAUCCAUGAGCUCUUUCUCCAACUGGCCCUGUUAGUGGAGGAGCAGGGCAGCAAACUGAACAACAUUGAGUCCAACAUGGCCACCACACAGGACUAUGUGGCCAAGGCAACAGUCCACAUCAAGAAAGCUGUGAGGUACAAAAAAGCAAACCCUUGCAGACGUUUUUUCUGCUGCUGUUUCCCCUGCUGCAAUAAGUAGCACUCAGACUCAGACCACUUCUCUCUCAUACAGCUACCACUCUGCAGACAAGGUUAGAACUGCUCUUCCUACAGACCCUGCAAGGUAUCUGCUGUAAUAGAUUUGACAGUGUAAAUGAAUGACUUCUCGCUGUUGGCGAGAAAAACAGAGAGACGGUGACAGUGGAGCACAAGACAUUUGAGCACACUCCACCCCAAUGUGUCAUGAACCACUGUCAGCAGUGUAGGCUGUGUGUGGAAAACACAGGGACUGCUGUGCAAAUGAUCAUUAAGUCAGUGUCAUUAAGUCUGUUUGUAUGUGAAGCUGUAAAAACGUGUAACCAGGGCUCACAUUUUGCAUGUUGUUCUGUUGGUUUGCAUGUCCUACACCUGAGUGCCUUUAAAUUGAAUGUGUACACAUUUCUGUAGGCCAUACGUUUUAUUGAUGAUUUACAGCAUUUCACAUAAAAUAAGUACUUAAACCCUUAAA